AUGCCAUACUCACUGAAAGGCCGCAGGGUGCUCGUCACUGCCGGAAGCAGAGGGCUCGGGGCCCUCAUCUGCGAGAAGUUCGCCGACGAGGGCGCUCACAUCAUGGUCAACUAUGUUUCUAGAGAAGACAAGGCCCGAGAGGUCGUCGCUCGCGUCGCAGAGCGCGGCGUCCAGGCUUUCAUGAUCCAAGGAGACGCAGCAAAACCCGAGGACAACGCUCGCAUCGUGAAGGAGACAGUUGACCGGCUCGGCGGACUGGAUAUCAUCGUCGCCAACGCGGGCUGGACGAGGUUCUCUGAUUUCUCAGAUCUCAAUGCCCUGCCGCUGGAGGACUGGAACAAGGUAAAUUGA